AUGAAAGCCGCAUAUGACAGCAAAAACGUGGUGUUCUACCUGGAAGCUGCAAAGAUUGAGCAAAGUCGUCUUCGUUUAGCGGAACGAUGGAACAAACUACCUACAGCAGGCCCGAUUAAAGGCAUGCGCCAAUAUCAUCAUUUUGAGACUUUUUCGACUGGUGAAGUGGACGCCAGUAUCACAUCAACAUCGGUCAAUUCUACACGGUUUCAAAUGUUAUCAAAAUCCGAUAAAAAGACAGCAAAUACACGACGUGCGCGAGCUUGCCAAAAAUUGUUAUUUGAUUGUAGAAGUGCUGGAUAA